AAUAUGUUUGCGCUUAACAGCACUUUUCCAAUAUUCAUUUUUCUCACAACAAAAUUUUCGCCAAGAAAUAUAUACUUAAACUCAGAAAAACAACACCAUUUGGUUUCUUGACAAUGGAGGAAAUAUGCAGAGUUUGCAUGGGAACGUCUGAAGCCUUCGCAAACAUUUUCGAUGAGACACAAAAGUGGGACACUUGCAUUGCUGACAUGAUUGCCCAGUGUACAGGGUACGAGGUAAGGCGAGGCGAUUCACUAUCAGAAAACAUAUGUCCGCCUUGCCUUGAGGAUGCUGUGAAUGCGUUCAAUCUUAUAAAAACCUGUGGGCAGAGCCAUCAACUCUAUUUCACACUGAUGGAGGAGGAUAAGGUAGACCCAUCUGAUAAUCGGGAAGACGAGAACACGGAAAUGUCAGGUAGUGGAGACGAGCAGUCCGAAUGUUCCAGCGGUGAAAAAAUACAUAAAGUUGAUAAUGAUGUUGAUCUUCGGUUAAAAUGUCCUCAGUGCCCGAAGUCUUAUAUGCGAAAAUCCAGUCUCCAAUAUCACAUCCGUGCGCACGCUGGUGAUCGACCCUAUAAAUGCUCCUUCUGCUCGAAAUCCUUCCCACAAAAAUUCCGACUUGAUGCACACACCCGUAUACACACAGGAGAUCGACCCUACAAAUGCUCCGAGUGUCCAAAGUCUUUUAUACUAAAAGCGGAACUCAAACUACACAUCUAUACGCACACAGGUGAUCAACCCUACAAGUGCUCCUACUGCUCAAAGUCCUUUUUACAAAAAUCCACAUUCGAUAUUCACACCCGUGCUCACACGGGGGAUCGACCCUACCAGUGCACCGAGUGCUCAAAGUCGUUUAAACACAAACACGAACUCAAAUUACACAUCCGUACGCACACAGGUGAGCGUCCCUACAAAUGUUCCCUGUGCCCGAAAUCCUUCGCGCAAAAAUGCAGACUUGAUGCACACACCCGUACUCACACAGGGGAUCGACCCUACAAAUGUUCCGAGUGUCCAAAGUCGUAUAUACACAAACACGAACUCAAACUACACAGCCGUACGCACACAGGUGAUCAACCCUUGAGUUGCUCCUUCUGCUCAAAAUCCUUCGCACAAAAAUGCAGACUUGAUGCACACACCCGUACUCACACGGGGGAUCGACCCAACAAAUGCUCCGAAUGCUCAAUGUCGUUUAUAUACAAACAUGAACUGAAAUUACACAUGCGUAUGCACACUGGGGAGCGACCGUAUGAGUGCAAUCAAUGUUCAAAGGCGUUUACGCAGCCUAACAUCCUCAAAGGGCACAUGAAAACACACAAGCAGGUCAACUAAUAUAUGCAUUUCUUCAUUCCUCCACUAUUCGAGAGAUCAUCCUCCAUACAGUACGUUCCGAACGGUUCUAAAUAUUAUAUCGCUUAGAAAAAAUCAAACAAAUUGAUUAUUGAAAGUCCGAAAAUGUAUUGUUAAUUUCAAAUACAAAUUCAUUACAUUGUAACUACUCAGAAAUUGGUU